AUGGCUACUAAAAAUGGUGUUGGUGGCGGUGACGGAAAUCAGGGUGCUCGAGGUAGUGGUAGCAGCAGCAAUGAUCGAGCCAGUAGUGGUGGUGCGGGUGGCAAUCCAAGUACUAAAUCAGAAAACCGUUAUGACAGAAACAAAUUGCAAAUGGCUAUUUCUAUAGUUACAUCUCUCCUAGGAGAUCCACAACUGGCAGCAAAAUCUAGACCUAAAUCUCUAACAACAAUUGAGGAAAUGAAAGUUAUUAAUUUAACUUUCAAGCAAUUAUCACCCUUGACUAAUGACUUUAUAAGGAGUUUGAAACAGCCAAAUGAUUUCUUUGAUAUCAUUGAGAAAAAAUAUUGUCAGUACUAUGAUUGUAUCAUGAAAAUUGUUACUUUUGGCAAAGUACUUAAAUUUGAUGUUAAUAUUGAAGUGGCAUUCAAUGAUUUAAACGAAUUGAUAAAAAAGCAGUUGGAAGCUUUUCAAAAAUAUCCUAGUACUAAAAGUAUUAAAAUGCUUCGUGAAGCAGCAUUUACAGCUGUACAAUCAUCCUGCAAUUUAUUAAGAUCUACUAUGGAAAAAAGACUAGAAGCAAUAGAAAAAAAGGUCGAGGUACUAAUUCGAAAAACUGAAAUACUUUCUGUAUUACCAGAGAAAAUCAAACCAAAUUACCUUGAUUGUGUAGUGACAACUGUACAAACUUUUUAUGACCUUGAACAAAGGAUCAGUUUAGCUUUUGAUGCUGCCAGUUUUAGUGAAUACUUAGCAAAGAUCACUGAAGCAAUUGAUUGUGCUGAGAUCUUGACUAAAGGAACCUUACUGUGUCUUCACUUUUAUCAAUUUGGAGUUGUAUCCAAGGAUGAAAAUUUGAUUAAUCUCACUGGCUUCUAUUCAUUGGUUUCAUGGAUUGCAAGUGAUGCAUGCAUCAAUAAUGUGUAUCUAGACUAUUUUUGUCAUUAUUUUCCAUUAUAUGCUACUGCUGUUUUAAAACAGUUAUCUAAAGAUGCUGUUGAAAAAAUGGAAAUUAUAAAGAACAACAUUCAAAAGAGGAAAAAAUUAGUUGAUAAUAAAAAAACAGCAGCUGAACUCAAAAAAAUUUUAUCUGUAUCUUUUAUUGAAUCAUCUGAUUUUCCAAGUUUUUAUGAGAAACUAUGUCAAAUUCUUGAAAGCUUUCACAAAUUUGUGAAGAACUGUAACAGUUUCUGGUUUAAUGGUGGUGAACCAGCUAAAGUUCGAAUUAAACUUGUUCAGGACUUUGCAGUUGCAUUAGAGUCAGAAUUUCAUGAUAUCCAAUUGAAUAAUUUUAGAAAAAAAAUUAAGUUGUUAGAUCAAAGCAAAAUACAACAGUCUAAUCCUAAUUCAGAUCUCCUUGCUAUAAUAAAUUAUUCUCAAAAUUGUUUAGACAGUCUUGCUUUUUUGAAACAGAUAGACAUAUCAUAUCAAUCUAUCAGUGAGCGUUAUGACAAAAUGAAUGAAUAUGAAGAGGCAUCAAUAACAGCUCUUACAAAUGCAUUAGAGUUUUCUCAAUCUAUGGAUGACAUUGGAAGUUUAAAUGAGCAAAUAUCUAGUUUCAAAAAAUCAUUGAUGUUAGAUAUUUAUUGCUCUAAAUGUAGCAAAGAAAACUUAGAAACUGUAAUAAUCCAGGUGAAUGCAUUGAUAAAAGAAAUACAAGAGGCAGCUAGCUCAUUAUUUGAUAAGAGAGAUAUGUAUCCUCCUCAAUUAAGGGAUUUAAUAAAACCUCAAGGAAAUGAUUUAUUAAGUACACAUACAACUUUCAAUUUUAAAGUCAUAGUAAGAAAAGAGGAUUGGAAACUUGAAGAAAAUACAAAUUUCUACAUUGCCAUGGCAUUUUACAUCCCAAACCAUGGUGAACAUAUCUUAAAAUUAGAAUUUCGUCCUUCAAAUAUUGAACCAGAAUAUUCAAUAAUGUCAUGUGGAGUGGCUAUUAAACGGAGCUUUCAAAAGUUGUAUUAUAAAUACUUAUUAUUUCCUUAUUACAAGACACCAGCAGAGCUAAUAUUCAUUCAGAAGCCACAAUAUGAAGAAGCAUCUUGCUGUUACAGAGUAUUGGACGUACCUCGAAAUAUAGAUAAAAAAGAGGUUUUUGAUAGUUGUAUCUAUCCUCAGGUACCUGAUAAAGAGCAAGGAAGACUCAGCAAAUGGUGGCAUGGGACAACAUUAAAAUUACCUGCCAGUUCACAUAGUUUAGAUUUUUGUGCACAAGCACAUUUGGGAAAAGAAUAUGAUAAUAUUAAGCAGUGUGAAAUUGGAGAUGCUGUUUUAGUCUGUGAAAAGAUUCUGUCUGUUCAUCAGUGCUUAUCAAAAGCAUACAAAGUUGACACUAAUAGUAUUAAUGAAGAAAUGGCUUUUUAUAAUUCAAAUGCUUCUCAGAUAAUUCAAAGUCAAUUAGAAUGCUUAUUAGCCCAAGUUGAAACUUGUGAUUAUCCUUCAAAAAUUAUUUCUGGGAUAGUAUUAUGUCGAUGUCUGGUAAAAAUAUCUCCAAAGAGACUGACGCCAGAAGUAAUUACUACGCUUCUCUCAACAAUGACAGUAAAUUAUGACAGUACUAAAUCAUGUUACUUGGAGUUUGAGAUUGUUAAAAGUGCAAUUAAUACUUCAAAAUGGUUUAUUGAAUCUUUACAUGUAUGCAUAUCAAAGGCUCCUUUAAGAAGCUUUCCAUAUGUCCUGAAAGUAUUGCCUCUUUAUCACUGGUUUUGUGAAGAAUUUAGCAAUUCUUCUUUAAUUCAACUUAAUUAUGAUGCUGAUUUGCUUUCUCAAAUGAUUGAGGGAAAAGAUAAACGAAUACUGCCUUUGUCAAUAAAUAGCAGUGACCUUAUUAAUGCAAUUACUCAAUUGGAACCAGUUCAAAUUGAAAAAGAUCCCUUACUGCAAAUACAGUUGGUCAAGAUGUCAUCUAAAGUUGCACAUUUUAGUUAUUUGAUGAAGUAUGUAGCUUUGCAAAUCAUACUUGUUGAUCUUGGGGUGAAAUUAAAGAGUAAAGCAAAUGUUGAAGAAAUCACUGAAGUAAUUUCUCUGUUAUGGCAGACAAAGGACAAUCUCAAUGUUCACCCCGAUCUAUUAAAUUGCCUCAAAUUUUUGUUCAACUCAUUGGAUUUCAUUGCAGUAACACUUCAUGCCCUUGGACAAAAAGGAAAAAAUGCUGUUGUAGCAACACUGAAGCUUUUAUUGCUUGCAGUUGAUGGUUUGGAUAGUAGUAAAAAGAAAGAACAACUUCAGCAUGUUGUUCCAUUUAUUAGAAAUUGGGCUAUUGUCAAUAUUGGUGAAAAAUUUUCGUAUGGACGUGAGACAGGUGUUCAAAAAGAGUACCAGUUUUGGGCUGACAUGUAUUCUUUUGCUGAUAAUAGUUUAGAAUGGAAAAAAAUUAUUCAAGAAACAGUGUUUGCUCGCUUUGAUAAAAUCCAAUCAUUUGAAUUAAUGGUAAAAUUAUUUAAUAAGUUAACUACUCUAGUGACUGAUCAUGACAUUAUUGAUGUUACAAGAGAUUGCUUGGUGGCCCAUAUUUCUUCAGCUACAGACAAGGACCUGCAACUUGUUGCUGGGGGAUCAGUAAAAACACAGAGUAUUUUGACACAUCUUAUUGAUGUAAAAUUUCCUUCUUUGCCAAAUGAUAUUAACACUCUUUUUGAAUGGGAUAUGUGGCCUGUCAUAUUAAAAGGAUUAAGUAAUAUACAGUCUGAUGAGCCUCAAAGAAUAUGUAAGCAUGUUAGAGGUAUUCUAGAAGACUUAUGUAGUGAUAUAAAAUCUGGAAAUGUAACUGUUGAAAUGUUGUUACACCUGAAAAUGAAAUGGAAUGCAUGUAUAGUCCAAAUGAUGUCUACAUUAUCUGUAGAUCAACAUAGAUUUCUUGAUGAUAUGAGAUUUGCAAACAAAAGAGUUCAUACAUUAAAAAUAUUUUUGCUUCUUGUAAAAGAAUUCGCCUCUUCAAUUCCUGAAGGCUUAUCUAGUCUGUUGGUUAAAGCUAAUGAUCUGUUAAAAAAUCAUCAGGAAUACCUUAUAAAAUCUCUUUGUAACUAUGAUGAUGGAGAGUGGGAUUUCCCCCUAUUUCCUGAAGCUAAAAUGAUCACACCAAUGCUAGUCCAGUUUGCUGUUAUGAAUUCAGAGGGAUUUAAAAACGAUAUUUUUUAUUACAAAAAGAAGCAACUGGAAAAAAGUGUAACUCAGGAAUCAUCAUUGGAAGAUGUGUGUGAGUCUUUUUGGGUACCUCUAUUUGACCACUGCUGCACAGUUGCAGAUGAAUUGAAAGAAGAAACCAUUACAUUAAGUAACCUUAGUUCGCUUUUUGGAAGCACAGAAUCUGCUGAUUCUGAAAAAACUAUAGAAAGACUUCUAUCUGCUGUUGAGAAGUGUCAUGCACAGUGUACUAAGGAUAUUGGCUUAUUAGCUGAUCUCUCUAUUCAAAAUGAUAUACAUAAGCUAGCAACAUUUAUAGAGUCUGAACCUUUAAACAUGCAGUGGGUAAAAAAGCUUGGAAAGAAAAUAACUGACUGGAGCAAUGUUCAAGCACUUUCUGCCGAAGCUGAUUACUUAAUGGAAAUCAUAAAAGCUUACGAUUUAAAUCAGUCACCAAUUUAUCGCUUUUCAAAACAAGGUAUUCAUGAACUUCUUCAACAGAUGCUUAAAUCUGUCACUGAUGAUGAUAAUAAAGUUUUAUUAUUUUUAAAGAAAAUCAGACUCGUUGAUGCUGAAAUAAAGGAGUCUGUGAAAGAGUUAGGACAGUGCAAAGAUUUAAGGUCAUUUAUUAAAAGUAAAAGUAAAGAUGUCAGUGAAAUGGAAAGAUUUAUUCAAAUUGCACUUGAUAUUGUUGCUGGAGAUGGAGCUGAAAUGCAAGAUCGAUUGAUUGAUUUGUCUGAAUUGUGUGGAAAAUUUUACCCUUUGCUCUAUCAACUAGAUUCCACUACUGAAGCUCAAGAUGUUGACACAAUUCAAGCACUUUUUCAACAAACAUGGGAGUCACUAAAAACACACGGUGACCCACUUACCUUAACGAAAUCAUGUAUCUCCAAUGUCGAAUGGUAUAAAUUCAUUGGACAGCUACAAGGAGCUGGAGAACAAGGAACUGUAAAGCAACUCAAUGAUCUUAAUGAACACGGAGAGUAUACAGUAUCAACCACUAAAGAUGUACAAGAAUGCACAGUGUCACUGACAAUCAAUUCAGUUGAUCCUCAUAUUUCAAAGAAGUUCUGGACACUUGAUGACUUACAUGAGAUUGAAAGUAAGCUUGUUCUAAUAACUCGUCAAACAUCAAAAUGGGUGGAUGCCAAAAAUUUAUUUCAAGAGAUGUUAAGUAGAGUUUGUCAAAUUUGUGAUGUGGUUCAAAAGCUAAAAGAAUAUGGUCACAUGAAGUACUUAGUAUGGCAGAGAACACUUGCAUGUUCUGAUUUUGUGAGUGAUCUAGCAAGUCUUGAUAAACAAAUAGAAGAGCUUGAGCAAACUCUUAGCAAAUGGAUAGGUUAUGUUUGGAGAUGUAGACAUCAAUACUCUGAGCUUAAUUAUUACAAAACCAAUCAACUCAUUGUUCUAAGGGAAGAAUUGACAAAAGUUGAUCAAGAUGAGAACCAUGAAAUUAGCCUUCAAGUAUUUCACUUAUUGAACAGUACAAUUGGGAAGCCUUUAGAAUCUGAACUUAUUGUUAGAAAAGCAUUGAAAGGAGAUGUUUCUCUUGAUGAUGAAAGUUUAAGUGUUAAAGAAGAAUUCACUACAACAGAAUCAGCACCACCACCUGUCCAAUCAGUAGAAACAAAUAUUGAGCCUGAAGAGAUUUCAAAAGUUUCUCAGUCUUUGGCCAAAGUUCGAAGUGAUGAUUGUAUGAAUAAGCUUUAUGAAGAAGCAGAUGUAUUGGGGUAUCCAGAGUAUUUAAUUCUUGAAGCACUUCUUAACCAAAAUAUUACAGAUAUUUUUGAUAUGAUGGAAUGGUAUGAUGAGUUGACUGAUGAUGAUACUGAUAAAUAUCAAAAAGAAUGGAUGGUAAAUCAUGUUGAAACCAAAAAGAACCCACUUUCUACAACUGAAUCUGCCACUGAUACCACCUUGUGUCAUUCUUCACCAGAAGGCUUUAAUGAUAUUGAUAUCAAUCAUGUGGCAAAGUAUUUCUUUAAAAGAAUGGAGAACAGUAUAUUUGAAAGAACAACUAGUGUUGCUGAUGAAACUGAUUUUGUUUCAUUGGAAAAUUUGGGAAGGUGCUUACAAAUCAUUGCUGCUCGGCAAGAAUAUCUAAAAGAGAGACAUUUUUUGAAGCCAUUUGAACAAGGGGUGCCUAACCUAGUUAUAACUUCUGCAGACAACAUAUUUAUUUGCACUUUACAAAUUUAUUCUGCUGGUGACAAUAACUCUUUACCUACCUUUGAUGAAGUUUUUACUUGUUCCGAAUCUACUACACUUGAAGAAGUUACUAUAUUCUGGAUGAGGGUACUCAGUAAUCAAAAGAAUAAUCAGAUUUAUUGUUUACUUCAUGGUGAAAAACUACCGUACCUUAUUGCUGAAGAAUCAUUAGACUUACUAAAGUAUCUGUCCCAAGGAAACGAAGGGUAUAAACUUGUGAUUAUAUGUAGCAAUGAAGAGGAAGGGAAAUCAAAUGUCAUUUCUCGUCUCUAUUCAUAUAGAAGAGAAUGGAAUCUUCCAACAGAUGAAGAUAUGGAACAAUUAGAGAAAUUUUUGUGGCAGAAUAUAAUUAAAAUUAAGAGGAAAAGCUAUAUUGCACAUGUUAAUGCAGCUGAUGUUGAUACUGAAAGCUCGCAAGUAAGAGUUUUUACAUCAAAACAAGCAGGAGUUGGAAAAUCAUUAUCAGUUAGAAAAUUGAAGGACAAGCUUGUAAAGGUGUUUAGAGUGAAUGGGUUAAUAACAGAAAAUCAAACUCAGAAAGCUAUAGUUACUCUUCCACUGCAUGGGCCUGUAGUGACUGCAGAUGAAGUUCUCUCAAUGCUAUUGAAGGAAGGCUCUGACUUAAAAUCUUGCAUUAUUCACUUAGAUAUUCCUAUAAGGGUGCUUCGAAGUAUUGAUGACAUUAUAUUCAGUCUUCUGAUACUUGGUGGAUUGACUGACUCUAAAGGAAAUGUUUGGAGAACCCAUCCUUCCCAACUAUAUGCAAUUGAAUUGACAUUACCCUCAACUAAAUCUUAUAUUUGGGAGUUUUCUCAGACCAGAAGAGUUAUAAACCUACUAAAGUUGUUCCCUAAUACGGAAUGUCCAACUCCCAAACAAUUAUGUGAUUUAAUGACUGAGGACUCAGUUGCAAUUGAGCUUCGAACUCCUAUGUAUCAAAGAGUUUAUCAAUACUUGCGAUUGUUGGAGCUGGAAGAAUAUUCCAAACUUGAAAAAUUCAUAUUUGUUGGUACACUAGAAGGGUCGGAUAGAGAAUGUCUGGAUACCAUUAUUAGACAUAGCAAUAUUUCAAUUCCAACAUGGAAGGAAGUUCGUCACUUUGUUUGGUUUCUGAACAUACAGUUGAGUGCAUGUGAGCAAUCUAACAUCAUCAAAAGAGUACCAGGACUAAGAACUUUCGUUGUUGAUUUUAUGACAACAAUGUCACGUGAUUUUGCUACAUCUUCAAUGUCAACUGAAAGUACUGAUAAUAUUCUUAACCAACAUGUGCCUAGGAGACGUUGGGAUGAAAGCAUGCAUCCAUAUCUCUUCUUCAACAAAAACAGAACUUCUGUCACUCAUGUUGGUCUUCAAUUUGAAACAAAAAAUUCUCAGAUUGUCCUUCAAGACACAUAUACUCAAAAAGAAAUUAAAGCUGACAUAGCUCCUGAAUUGUUUGACUUUCUCACAAAAUCUGUAAAAAUUCCCCUCCAAAGUACUAGCAACUGCUCUGAAAAUGAACUAGAUCUAAUUGAAAGAUUAUUGGAAUUUAUGAACAUUAAAACUGAUGAAAUUAAAUCUCCAGAUGAAACCUAUGUUCUUACUCAAGAUAAUUUAACAAAAAUAAUGGCCAUUCAGACACGAUUCAGAUGCCAAAUACCAGUGGUUUUAAUGGGUGAAACAGGAUGUGGUAAAACUCAUUUAAUUCGUUUCAUGUGUAAAUUUGCGACUUACAACAAACCAAUGAAAAAUAUGUUCAUCCUUAAGGUUCAUGGUGGAACAACAGAGGAAGACGUUAUUCAGUGUGUCAAUGAAGCAGAAACAGCCGCAUUGGAAAAUAGGAAGCAUAAGAUUGAUACUGUAGUGUUUUUUGAUGAAGCUAACACUAGUGAUGUCAUUAGUCUUAUAAAGGAAAUUAUGUGUGAUGGGAGAUGCAGAGGAAAACUGGUUCCUCCUUUUUUGAAGUUUGUAGCUGCUUGUAAUCCAUAUCGAAAACAUUCUCAUGAGAUGAUAAAGAAAUUAAGAGGAGCUGGAUUAGGAUGGCGAGAUGAAGAAGCAAGUAACAAUGCAGAAAAAUUAGGAGAAAUACCUUUAAGAGAUUUAGUGUAUCGAGUAUUAGAAUUACCCGACAGUAUGAAAGCAUUGAUUUAUGAUUUUGGGCAAUUAAAAUAUGAAACUGAAAGGGACUAUAUUUUACAAAUGGCACGUAAUAAGCUUCAAAAAAAAGAUGAAGUUUCUCAUGAUUGUGUGAUUGCUAUUGGUGAAGUAUUAGCAAAAUGCCAAGAUUUUUCAAAACAAAUGAAAGAUGAGUGUAGUUUUGUGAGUUUACGUGAUGUAGAUCGAGUUCUUGUACUAUUUAUAUACUUUUUGGAUGUAUUCACUGAUGUGUUUCAAAUUAAUGGUCACGAUAAUGUGGACAAAAUUACCCAAUCAUUAUUACUAGCACUUAGUGUAGCAUAUUUGGCAAGAAUGGCUUCACGUGAUGCAUUUAUGACUAAAGUUUUAGGAUGCAUCAAACCACCACUUCAUUUUGUUGAUUUGCUACAAUAUAAAAAUAUUGUAAAAAAGUAUCAAGAAAAACUAUUAGAUUGCAUGGAAAUUGAAAAUAAUAUAGCUAAAAAUGCUGCUCUAAGGGAGAACAUAUUUAUGAUGUUUGUGUGUAUUGAGUUGCGUGUUCCACUAUUUCUUGUUGGGAAACCUGGAAGUUCUAAAUCGUUAGCUAAAGCAAUCAUCGAGAAUUCAUUAAAGGGAAAAAAUUCAAAAAAACAACAAUGAAGCAGUUCAAACAAAUCCAUCUUCAUUCCCACCAAUGCAGUGGGUUAUCAACUCCUGCUAGUAUUACUGAAGUAUUUGUGAAUGCCAAGAACUUUCAGGAAAAAAG